AUGGCAAUCACUGGAGCCGCUCCGGGCAUCAGCGCUAUCAUACUCGUUGAUGGCGAGCCAUUGAAAGAGUACAUCGACAACACCAUCGAGGAUGGUGACGAUACUGUCACUCGCUUCGUCGAGGCUCUUUCCGACAAGAACUUUCGGAUCCUUCUUCAAGUGGAAAAAGGCACGGAAAUCACUCGCGCCGCGGUGUCGUUUGCCAUCUUUGUCGAUGGCGAAUCUCUCGCCAAUCCAUUCAUCCCCACGUCCUGGUUUCAGUCAAGCAACGGCACGAGCAUCAUUGAAGGCAAAGAAUUGCCAAAUGGCAUGAUCCAGAAGCUGAAGUUCAUUACGCUUGAGACAGUGAGUGACGGUCGCGGUUUCGUCAAGGGAGCUUCGGACAUGAGCGUUCUUGGAACAGUCAUUGUCGACGUCAGCUUCGUGGAUAUCGUGGCGGUCGAGACCUUCGACGAGCUUUCGAAGAACUCUGCCUUGGGCGGUCCUGGCAUCGUCCACGAGGAAGCGAUCAAGGGCGAGGCCAUCACGCAUGGCGUCAACUUCGAGAACCCGGUUGCGUUGGGACAAGACCCGACCGAAGUCUGGACCUCCUACAACGAAGACCAGAAGAGCUAUUCCCGAAUCGUCCUGAAGUAUCGUUCUCUCGAAGCUUUGCAGUCGAUGGGCAUCAUCCCGCGUGCUCCUUCCCCGGAACCGAUCGAGCGCCGUGCUCCAGAGACUCUCACCCUGGAGGAGAUCGUCGAGCUUCAAAAAUCCUUCGUGUCGCAGCAGGCGAAGAAGGACACAAUGGUCAAGAUCAAGCGCGAGCGCGGCGAGAAUGCUCGCCCUCGCAAGCGCUCCCGCCUGACGCCCGGAGCGACGUACCUUUCGCUCGACGAUGACGAGCAAGGUGUGCGCGAGCUCUCCACCGCUACACUCGAUCCAGAGGAGGAGACGGAAGUGAUUGACUUGACCUGA